AACGACUUAUUUUAAAAAGCAGUGAAAAACACCACAUUCCUUUGGCACAGGAUGAACACCAGCUUAGCUCUUCAGCCGAUGAUCAUUGUCUAUUGUUCUCCAAACAGUAAACCACUAUUUCACACCGAGAUUGUCCAGCUGCACUUAUAUCCAACUCUCCGGCUCCUCAUGAAUAUGAAGUAAGGGGCUGUGACCCAGAAAGUGGUUCCCAGCAGGGCAAAAUGGGGUCUCGGAAGUGCGGAGGCUGCUUAAGUGGUCUACUGAUUCCACUGGCACUUUGGAGUAUAACUGUUAAUAUAUUAUUGUAUUUCCCAAAUGGGCAAGCUUCCUACGCGUCCGGCAAUAAACUCACCAACUACGUGUGGUACUUUGAAGGAAUCUGUUUCUCAGGUGUCAUGAUGCUUAUAGUAGCAGCAGCUCUUCUUGUGUUGGAGAGUGAAAACAACCCUAAAUGUUGUCAGAGUGAAAACUGCGGCAAAAAGUACAUGACAUUGCUGUCGAUGAUCUUUUCUGCCCUUGGAAUUGCUUUCUCUGGAUACUGCCUGGUCAUAUCUGCUUUGGGCCUUGUCCAGGGCCCAUACUGUCGCACUCUCAACGGCUGGGAGUACGCCUUUGAAGGCACCGCUGGACGUUUCCUUACAGAUUCUAGCACAUGGAUUCAGUGCCUGGAACCUGUACGUGUAGUGGAGUGGAACAUCAUUUUAUUUUCCAUUCUAAUAACCCUCAGUGGGCUUCAAGUGAUGGUCUGCCUCAUCAGAGUAGUCAUUCAACUAUCCAAGAUGCUGUGUGGAACCUACUCAGUCAUCAUCCAGCCUGGAGUCAUUUGAAUAUGGACAAGAAUGUCAAGUAAUAUGUUAUCAGGAUCUUCAGAAAUAUUUAUACCCCUUCAUCAAACAAAUCCAUUCCAAGAAUCUCUACUAUGGAAAUAAAUAUGAAUAUAGGAUAAGACUUCAUGCAAAUACAUACACUGCACAUUGUUCAAUAAAUUCCAGAAUGUUAGAAAUAUCCAAAAAAUCUUGCUU